UAUAAAUUUUUAACAUCCGGUGAUGUUAAUACAUUCGAGGUUGUUUUUCCGACCUCUGACGGAAAGACCCGAGAUGAUGCGAUUGCUUGCGCUGGAUAACAGUGAGUUAAGGAAGAAGGUAAAGAGUCCAGUGUAAUAAAAGCAAAAUUUCAUCCAGAGUCAUAGGACAUUAUAUGACUUCCGGAGCAACGAUACAUUAUGGGGUCCAAAGAAAUGUCUCAAGGGCGACUAAUAAUCAUCGCCACUUUUCUCAUCAUCGCCUGUAUUAUUGCCCUCGGACUUGGUCUCGGGUUUGUGCUAACUAGAGACAAGGAUUCCAACCAAACGCCCUGUGGAGAACAAGGGACGGAAUCUGGAACCUCCUCCACAGGGUCGCCACCCACCACCACCACCACCAAACCUGCUCCAGAGGAAUCCCCAUCAAUCGAGGGUCAUUAUCGAUACGCCGCCAUUGCAUCUGAUACCGGAACCUGCGCAAAAAUCGGCAUAGAUAUCAUGGGGCGGCGACAAGGGUCCGUGGUAGAUGCUGCUAUCGCCACCAUUCUUUGUCAGUGUGUAGAUAACAGUCACAGCUGUGGUAUUGGAGGAGGGCAUUUCAUAACUGUAUACAAUAAGGCAAAUAACACAGCUUACACAAUUAUAGCCCGCGAGAUGGCGCCAGGGGCAGCUACAGAAGAAAUGUAUGUGCCAGAGAAUAAAUCUUCUACGGAAGGUGGUUUAGCCAUAGGAGUACCAGGGGAAAUCAAAGGAUUGUAUGAAGCUUGGAAAAUGGGCGGCAAAUUGCCAUGGAAAGAUUUGUUUCAGCCAACCAUAAAGAAGCUUAGAGAGGGUUGGAGGGUUAGCCAGCCUCUGGCAUACGCUAUUUCUCGACAAACGACAGUGUUACUUAGACAACAAAACUUGAGAGAUGUCCUCACAAACCCAGAAACUGGACGACCGUACAACGAAGGAGAAAUCAUCAAAAUGCCCAAACUGGCCAACACGUUUGAAGCCAUUGCCAUCGACCCACACGCAAUGUACAACGGUUCGCUGGUCGAUGACAUCGUGGAGGAUAUUCGGGAAGCAGGUGGGAUUAUAACAAAGGAAGACCUUAAGAACUACGUAGCAGUUGUCAAGGAGCCACUAGUUGUGAAACUGAAGGACAAUUCCACCAUCUUUACACCACAACCGCCAUCUAGCGGAGCAGUGUACGCCAUGAUUCUCCAGAUCGCAGAUGGAUACGGGUUUAAUCCUGAUAGUGUCUCAACCACGGAAAAAUCGACAUUAACCUGGCAUAGAAUCGUAGAAGCCAUGAAAUUCGCUUUUGCAAAGAGAAGUAGUCUUGGGGACCCAGACAAGGAAAGCCAAAAUUUUAAGGAUAAUAUUGAUUCGUUGAUUAAUAAUAUGACGUCAUCAACCUAUGCCGAAUAUGUUCGAUCUAUGAUAUCUGAUACUUCUACACACGACACCAUGUACUACGGGCCGACAUUUUACGACCAGCCAAAAACAGGGACGUCACAUUUGGCAGUUCUGGCGCCAAAUGGUGAUGCUGUCUCACUUACCAGUACAAUAAACCUUUAUUUUGGUUCAAAAGUGGUCGGAAGCAGAACAGGGAUAAUUUUUAAUAAUGAAAUGGAUGACUUCUCUACACCGAACACAAUAAACUCAUUUGGUGUUCCGGCCUCAGCCGCGAAUUUUAUCAAGCCGGGUAAGAGACCACUGUCUUCCAUGUGCCCCAGCAUAGUGGUGGAUUCAGAUGGUCACGUGAAGCUAGUGGUAGGAGCUUCCGGUGGAACUAGAAUUACAACAUCCAUGGCUUUGGUUAGCAUUGAAACUUUGUGGUUCAAGUAUGGAAUUAAGAAAUCAAUAGAUUACAAACGACUGCAUCAUCAGCUUUUGCCAGCAUACGUCACAGUGGAAAACGGAUUUAACCAGCAAGUUUUAAAUGGGUUGAAGAAUAUUGGUCACAACAUUAGUAUUUCGGACUCUGCCGGUUCAGUAGUACAGGGCAUUUUACAGUUAGAGGAAGGAAAGAUAAGCGCCAAUGCCGACUAUAGAAAGCGAGGGGCUCCGGAUGGCUAUUAAUGCACCAGUCUGGUACCCUUCCCACUAUUUCGUUUGCGUACUCUCUAUGUAGAGAGUAGAGAGUGUUAUGAUUGAAAUAAAAUCAGGUUAAAUAUUAUACAAAAUUUUAUAAUGAAAUCAAACAGCAAACUUGGGAAUCUACAUUUCGCCUUAAGGCCUUCAUGAUAACAAUUCCAGGAAAAAUAGUUUCUUUGUCAGUGAUAUGAAGAAAAAAAAUCUUCUCAUGAUAAAUGACUCAAAAAUUUUAUAAAAAGUCGUUUCAACUUGGUAAAAAAGAAUAUUAUUUAUGGACAUUUAUAUCCUUGAUAGUAACUUUUCUUAUCAGAGGAUCACUGAUGGGGGGUGG